AUGCGCUCUCCCGCUGCCAUCGCCUCGUCCGCCCACGGGGACGGCUCCCGUCUCCGUGAUGACUUCUCGGAGCCUCCGUCUCGAGAGGGUUGUCCCACACCGGCACCUACGGACAGCUGGAACAACAAAAGUCGCAGUGCCUCUAUCGUUUCUCCCCGCCCCAGCAGGGCAUCUCCAAGGCAGGAGUUCCACCUCGUGCAAAGAUUCGAACAUCACCUGAAGACCGAUCAGUGCCGAGAUAUUUCUACUCGCAAUAUUCACACUACUGGCACGGGAGAGCCAGGGUUUGGCGGGAAACUGCGGCUGGCCGACGACAACUGGAGCUAUCGAAUGAUCGCCAGGCGCCGGUAG